AUUUAAUCCUUCCUCUAGAGAAUAAAGCUUGAAAAUACUAUUACAACAUCAAAAUCAGUCACAAAAAUCAAAAUCUUACACUAAAAUUCUUUCAAAAUUCGAUGAUCACUUCCAGCUAAAUUCAUCACCGUCUAUAACCAUUCCAAUAAUUUCCAUUGAACCUGUUCUUCGUAGAUCCAUCUUCAACCCUGGAAUAUCUUGAUCUUCUUAUACGUCGCAAAACACCAUUUCUCUUCUCUUUCCUCAAGAUCUAACCUCCCUAGUUAGUGAGAGAAAGAGAAAGAGGGAGAAAUAUGUUGCGCUUGAGAGCCUUUAGGCCGGCGCAGGAGAAGAUAGUGAAGAUUCAAGUUCAUCCAACUCAUCCAUGGCUUGUUACAUCUGAUGCUUCGGAUCAUGUUUCCGUUUGGAAUUGGGAGCAUCGCCAGGUUAUUUAUGAGCUUAAAGCUGGUGGAGUUGAUGAAAGGCGGCUCGUUGGUGCCAAAUUGGAGAAGCUUGCGGAAGGAGAAUCUGAGUCAAGGGGAAAGCCGACUGAAGCUAUACGAGGAGGGAGUGUUAAGCAGGUUAACUUUUAUGAUGAUGAUGUACGUUAUUGGCAACUUUGGCGCAAUCGAGCAGCAGCUGCUGAGGCUCCUUCGGCAGUUAGUCAUGUCACUUCUACUUUAAGCUCUCUCCCUCCUGCAACAAAAGGAAGACACUUCCUUGUAAUCUGUUGUGAGAAUAAAGUGAUUUUUCUUGACUUGGUGACAAUGCGUGGUCGUGAUGUGUCCAAGCAAGAGCUUGAUAACCGGUCUCUGAUGUGUAUGGAAUUCCUGUAUAGAUCUACUGCAGGGGAAGGUCCACUGGUUGCUUUUGGUGGAUCAGAUGGUGUAAUAAGAGUCCUUUCAAUGAUAACAUGGAAGCUUGCUCGAAGGUACACUGGAGGACACAAAGGAGCUAUUAAUUGUCUGAUGACAUUCAUGGCUUCUUCAGGCGAGGCAUUGCUGGUCUCAGGGGGAAGUGAUGGUUUACUAAUACUUUGGAGUGCUGAUCAUGGUCAUGAUUCACGAGAGCUUGUACCCAAACUUAGUUUGAAGGCACAUGAUGGUGGGGUUGUGGCUGUAGAAUUAUCAAGAGUGUCCGGUGGUGCCCCACAGCUGAUCACUAUUGGUGCUGAUAAAACUCUUGCUAUAUGGGAUACAAUCUCAUUCAAGGAAAUGCGACGAAUUAAACCAGUUCCAAAGAUGUCUUGUCAUAGUGUGGCAUCUUGGUGUCAUCCUCGGGCUCCAAACCUUGAUAUAUUGACGUGCGUGAAAGAUUCACAUAUAUGGGCCAUUGAACAUCCAACUUAUUCAGUGUUGACAAGGCCUUUAUGUGAACUUUCCUCCCUGGUUCCUCCACAAGCUCUUGCACCGAACAAAAAGCUCCGGGUUUAUUGUAUGGUUGCUCAUCCUUUACAGCCACAUCUGGUUGCGACUGGAACAAAUAUUGGUGUAAUCAUAAGCGAGUUUGAUUUUCGAGCUCUUCCACCUGUGGUUGCUCUACCGUCACCACCUGGAAGCCGAGAGCAUUCUGCUGUAUAUGUUGUUGAAAGAGAGCUUAAAUUAUUGGCCUUUCAGUUGUCUAAUAUAGCAAAUCCAUCUUUGGGUAGCAAUGGGACGCUGGCUGAUUCUGCUAGGUCUAAGGUGGAUACUGAAGCCUUGCUGGUGAAACAGAUAAAAAAACACAUUAGUACACCUGUACCACACGAUUCAUACUCGGUUCUUUAUCUGAGCAGUUCUGGCAAGUAUCUUGCUGUUGUGUGGCCUGAUAUCCCUUACUUUUCAAUAUAUAAAGUUAGCGACUGGUCUAUCGUUGAUUCAGGCAGCGCAAGACUUUUGGCAUGGGAUACAUGUAGUGAUAGGUUCGCAAUAUUAGAAUCUGCUGUAGUUCCUCGAAUUCCUGUGAUUCCUAAAGGGGGUUCAUCUAGAAAGGCCAAGGAAGCUGCUGCGGCUGCUGCAGCUGCAGCAGCUGCUGCCAGUGAAGCUUCUUCUGCGUCUGUUCAAGUUCGUAUAUUACUGGAUGAUGGGACUUCAAACAUAUUGAUGAGGUCAAUUGGAGGAAGGAAUGAACCGGUCGUUAGUUUGCAUGGAGGUGCUCUUCUUGGCAUUUCAUAUAGAAGUUCUCGCCGUGUUAGUGCUGUUGCUGCUACUGCAAUCUCUACAAUUCAGUCAAUGCCAUUGUCAGGAUUUGGCUCAGGUGCUUCAUCAUUUAAUACAUUUGAUGAUGGCUUCGGUUCCGGUCCUUCAUCUUCUCAAAAUUUUCAGCUUUAUAGCUGGGAAACUUUUCAACCUGUGGGCGGUCUUCUUCCUCAGCCAGAGUGGGCAGUUUGGGAUCAAACUGUUGAGUAUUGUGCUUUUGCAUAUCAGAAAUAUAUUGUCAUAUCUUCCUUACGACCUCAGUAUAGAUACUUGGGAGAUGUUGCAAUUCCUUAUGCAACUAGUGCCGUUUGGCAUCGGAGACAGCUGUUUGUUGCUACUCCAACUACCAUUGAGGUGGUUUUUGUGGAUGCUGGAGUUUCUCCUAUUGAUUUAGAGACAAAAAGGAUGAAAGAAGAACAGAGACAGAAGGAGGUACAAGCUAGGGCAUUUGCUGAGCAUGGUGAAUUAGCUCUGAUUUCAGUGGAAGGUCCAAAGGCUGAUACAAAUGAAAGAAUUUCUUUGAGACCACCAAUGCUACAGGUUGUGAGAUUGGCUUCAUUUCAACAUGCUCCUUCAGUACCACCUUACUUGUCUUUGCCAAAACAAUCAAGAAUUGAUGGGGAUGAUGGUGGGAUGCCUGAAAAAGCUACUGAGAUUGCUGUUGGUGGGGGUGGUGUGGCGGUUGCGGUAACUCGUUUCCCUACAGAGCAGAAACGACCAAUUGGCCCACUUGUGGUUGUCGGGGUUAGAGAUGGAGUUCUCUGGCUGAUUGAUAGGUAUAUGCGUGCCCAUGCAUUAUCGCUAAGCCAUCCUGGUAUUCGUUGUCGCUGUCUUGCUGCGUAUGGGGAUGCUGUCAGUGCAGUGAAAUGGGCUACUAGACUUGGCAGAGAACAUCAUGAUGACUUGGCUCAAUUUAUGCUCGGAAUGGGUUAUGCUGCUGAAGCUCUUCAUUUGCCUGGAAUAUCUAAGAGAUUGGAGUUUGAUCUGGCAAUGCAAGGAAAUGACUUAAAAAGAGCUCUUCAAUGCCUUUUGACAAUGAGCAACAGUAGAGAUAUAGGAAAAGAGACUUCAGGGUUGGAUUUGACAAAUCUUUUAAAUGUAGCUGCUAAGAAAGAAAAUAUCGUCGAUGCAGUUCAAGGAAUAGCAAAAUUUGCAAAGCAGUUUUUGGAUCUUAUUGAUGCUGCAGAUGCAACAGCACAAGCUGACAUUGCCCGUGAAGCUUUGAAGCGGUUAGCUGCUGCUGGUUCCGUAAAGGGAGCUUUGCAAAGUCAUGAGUUAAGGGGUCUGGCUCUGCGACUUGCAAACCAUGGGGAGUUGACACGUUUAAGUACUUUGGUGAAUAAUUUAAUCUCGCUUGGUUUGGGACGUGAAGCUGCAUUUUCUGCUGCAGUUUUGGGUGACAAUGCUCUAAUGGAGAAGGCAUGGCAUGAAACAGGGAUGCUUGCAGAAGCUGUGCUUCAUUCUCAUGCCCAUGGACGACCAACUCUUAAAAACUUGGUCGAGGCGUGGAAUAAAACGUUGCAGAAAGAGAUUGAGCACACUCGAACCACCAAGACGGAUGCAACUGCUGCAUUCCUGGCUUCUCUGGAGGAUCCAAAGCUUCCUAGUUUAGGGGACACUGAUAGAAAGCCUCCAAUUGAAAUUCUUCCUCCCGGGAUGAGUUCGCUCUCCCUCUCUAUUUCUGCUCCAAAGAAGCCAUUGCCUGCUCCCAAGGCUUCACAACAAGAGCCGGGAAAGCCAUUGUUAUUAGGAGCACCCCCUACUACUGCUCCAAUUAAUGGUGCUACUCCUCCACCGACUAGUUCUGGUGACUCAAGUGUCCCACCUCCCGUAAACUCCAUCCAACCCGGAGCUCCUUCUACAGAAGAUUCCGGUCAGCCUGAAGCUGUGCCUUCGACAGAAUCUGCCCAACCUGAAGCUCCUCCGCCAGAUUCUAGCCAAGCUGGAGAGGAAUCUGCAGAAACCAGAGCUCCUUCCUCAGAAAUUUCUGAACAACAAAAACUGGAAGAAUCUCCUACAGUCAAUUCAAAUCAAGUUGAUUCUAGCAAAGUCGAAACUUCCAAACCAGAUGAUUCUAGUCAGCCAGAAGCUCCACCACCCGUUAACUCAAACCAAUCUGAAACUUUACCGCCUUCAGUUGAUAUAUCUCGACCCACCGUGGAUCCUAAGACUGCAGAACAACAGCUACUUGAGAGUAUAGGUCCAGUGGUCGCAAAACCAAACAGCUCAAGGUCUCCAUUUGCCGAUCUUGAGCAACUUCUUAUGUAACAAGUUGAAAGGUAUGUAAAAUGUUUUUCCAUCUAUAAUUAGGUAUGAUUCUUAUUUAUCCUUGUAAUAUCUCUUUGUAGCAUUCUUAUAUGAGUUUUUGGGUUUGUUCAGAAUGAUUAUUGACAUGAUUCUUUGUAGCGCUCUUUUUUGGGUUCGCCAUAUGUAUUUAUCAAUCACUGGGGUUCUUACCUUGUACAAUUCAUUCGAAUUAUCACAUCCAUGAGUGUAGUUUAGUUAUACAGUUUUCAUUUAGACGAUGUAUGCUGUUUGAUCUAAUUUCAUUUUAUUCUAUUUACGACAUUUUCAUUA